AUGUUCUUUCUUGUUAUAUUUAUAUUUACUUGUGCAGCAAAGGCUGGGCUGAGUCUGAAUGUCUCCAAUUCAUGCCCAAGCAUGUGCAAAUGUACACCUGAAGAGACCAUACUCUGCAACAGAGCUGGACUGAAAACCCUGCCCGGAGAAAUAGCAGCAUCCACCAUCUCUCUAAACCUCUCCAACAAUUAUUUGCGGAUUCUCAACACCAACACCUUUAGAAACCUGACCUCUCUUCAUAACCUCUGGCUAGAUGGGAACAAUCUGACUUUCCUGACCCCAGGAACUUUCCAUGCUCUCAGCAGGCUGCAAGAGCUGCACCUCAGCAGGAACUCACGCCUCACCUACCUGCACGCAAACACUUUCAGAGGACUAUUAAACCUCAUCAGCCUGGAUUUGUCCCACUGCAAUAUCUUUGAAAUCCAUCCACUUCUAUUUUCACACUUGCCUUCUUUAGAAAGGCUUGAUUUAGCCUCCAAUAACAUGAGGUAUGUCCCACAAGCCUUUAGGAACCUCUCCAGCCUCACGUGGCUGUCCCUGGAGGGCAAUCACAUAGAAGCCAUUGGCAGAGAUUCCCUGAAGGACCUGGAAACCCUGUAUGAUCUGAAUCUCAGGAGGAAUCGGAUAUGGAUCAUUCAAAACGGAGCUUUCACGAAGCUUCUCAGAUUGGGCAUGUUAAAUUUAGGACACAACUUCAUCACUGAUUUGCCUAAUCAGCUUUUUGAGGGAUUGAUCCAGCUCAAGACCAUGCACCUUGAAGCCAACAGAAUCACUGCUGUCGACUGCACCUUCAGACAGCUGCUCAACUUGAGAAACUUGUACCUGAACAACAACCAGAUCUCCUCAAUAUCAGACUCUGCUUUUUUAUACCUAAACAAGCUGCACUUCCUUCACCUGAGCAGAAACAACCUCAGCUCGCUGCCCGUGCACUUGUUCACCAAACUGACCAAACUGAAGCACGUGUUGCUGUGGCACAACCCCUGGAGCUGUGACUGCAGCACACUCUGGCUCUGGACCACGCGCCGGGCGGUCAUCGAGGGGCUGGACUGCACCUUCCUGCACCCUCCCAACUCUACAGCACCUGAGGAGCCCCGCCCUGGGCACCUGGGGGACUGCACGGUGCCACUGGAGCUGGCCAGUGAAGACAAGUGCAGGGUGGGCGGUACCAGCGUGGCCCCAAGGCCCCCUGCUCUGCCCAGCCAGCUCAUCCUGCUGGCACUUGCCUGCCACACGUGGUACAACAAGAGGGGAUGGGGCACCGUGGUGGCCACUUUUUAA